AUGGCUAUCUCACCCACGGACGAGAAGGACACCAGCUCCGGUAACGUAGAUGUCCAGGCUGGCAUCUCGGACAAUGCCGACCAGCUGCAGCGCCGGCUGGACAAUCGCCAGAUCCAGCUGAUCGCAAUUGGAGGUUCCAUUGGAACUGCGCUCUUCGUUUCAAUUGGCACGGGUUUGAUGCAGGGCGGUCCAGGCUCGCUCUUCAUUGCUUACUCUUUGUACGCAUGUCUACUCGGUACCGUGAAUAACUGCAUGGCCGAAAUGGCAACACUGCACCCUGUCAGUGGAGGUUUCAUCCGUAUGGCCGGCAAGUGGGUCGACGAAGCCCUCGGAUUCAUGGUCGGCUGGAACUUUUUCCUCUACGAAGCGUUACUGAUCCCAUACGAAAUCACGGCUCUCAACCUCGUCCUUACAUUUUGGAGGGAUGACAUCCCCGCCGCAGCUGUAUGCGCAGCCUGUAUCGUGCUCUAUGGGCUCCUCAACGUCUUGGCUGUGCGCGCGUAUGGAGAAGCUGAGUUCUGGCUGUCCGGUGGCAAGGUCAUUCUGAUCUUCAUCUUGUUCUUCUUCACCCUAUUCACCAUGGCCGGCGCCAACCCGCAGCAUGAUGCAUAUGGGUUCCGGUAUUGGUCGAAUCCAGGCUCGUUUGCAGAAUACCGCAGUACAGGCAGUUUGGGCCGGUGGGAAGGCUUCCUCGCCGCUCUCUGGUCUGCUUCCUUCACCGUCGUCGGCCCGGAGUACAUUGCAAUGGUGGCAGCCGAGGCCAAGCGCCCGAGCAAGUUCAUCAAGACUGCCUUCAAGACCGUCUACUGGCGAUUCGGUAUGUUCUUCAUGCUCGGAGCCCUGUGCGUUGGUAUCGUUAUUCCAUACAACGAUCCCACACUCCUGAGAAUUCUGGGCUCAGGAGGUUCAGGAUCAGGAACCGCUGCUGCCUCUCCCUACGUCAUUGCCAUGAACAACCUCGGAGUCAAAGGUCUCCCCCAUCUGACAAACGCCUUGAUGUUGACCAGCAUCUUCUCGGCCGGCAACACUUAUACGUAUUGCGCAACUCGAAACCUUUACGGUUUGGCUCUGGAGGGUCGGGCCCCGAAGUUCCUCAGAUAUUGCACAAAGAACGGAGUUCCCGUCUUCUGUUUCGCCGUCGUAAUGAUCUUUCCGUUCCUGUCGUUCUUGUCUCUAGGAAGCAGUUCUGGAGAGGUCCUCACCUGGCUUGUUAACCUGAUCACGGCUGGCGGUAUCAUCGACUACAUUACGAUGUGCAUCACGUACCUGUUCUUCUAUUACGGUUGCAAGGCACAGGGAGUGGACCGUCGGUCAUUCCCCUACACUGGUUGGGGCCAGCCUUACUGCGGCUGGAUUGGUCUCUGCGGAAUGACGUUGGUUGUCUUCACUUACGGCUAUUCGUCAUUCAAGCCCUGGAGCGUUCAGAACUUUUUUAUCUACUACACCAUGGUCAUCCUAGCACCAGUUUUGUUCUUUGGCUGGAAGCUGAUCCAUCGCACCAAGGUCCUGAACCCGCGGACAAUUGACCUUGUAUGGGAGCGACCUAUCGUAGAGGCCUACGAGUCCACAUUCACCAAGCCUCCUGUUGGGUUCUGGACGGAGUUGCUGCAUCUUUUCACGUUCAGAAAGAAGCAGAAGGACGGUCCGGAGCACUAA